CGACCGCCGACCGGUUUGAACCGCUCUCAGCCGCUCGCAACCGGUUUUUCCCGCUCGUGCCGAUCGCGACACCUGUCAUCGCGAACAUUAAGCCUGUGCGUGUCAAACAUAACGUUUAAUGGAACCUUAAUUUAAGUGAGUGUUAGCACUAAGGAACCCAGGUUUGGAGUUUGUUUCCAUGUAAAUAAUAAAUAUUUAAUACUGACAGUUUAGUAAUAACUUUGCAAUAAGUAAUGUGUGUUGUUUAUGUGUCGUCGUGUUUAUGUGGAUUGCUAGUUAUAGACGGAGUGAGAGAUGAAUAAAGAAAUAUUAGGGUUAAGAUGUAAUCUGAGGGAUUACUUUGAGUGCCCGGAAUAUUUUAUAUGACCGGCUUGGAAGAUGGAGAGCUCUCUGAAAGCCAGCCCAACCAGGGUUCUGUCGCUGUGGACGCUCCUCCUCGGCACUUUUAACAUUGCAGGUCUCCGACCGCCGCCGAGUGUCAUGGCGGAGUCUCUAGACGCCGUGAAGGUGUCAGCGGUAUCUGGCGGCGAGGCGACACUGCCCUGUGACACUCGCUCGCCGCAGCCCACAGACGUGUUGCUGCUAGUCGUGUGGUAUAAGGACGACGUGCCUAUUUACAGCUACGACGCCCGCGUCAAGACAACAUCCGCCCACUGGUCUGACAACAUACUAGCUGGGCGGGCGAAGUGGCAAGUGACUCAGCCAUCCAUGCUGAGGAUACACGACGUCGUGGCCUCCGACCGAGCGCUGUACCGGUGUAGAGUCGACUUCAAGAUAUCGCCUACAAGGAACCACAAGAUUAUCCUAGAUGUUAUAGAGUUGCCGGAAAAGCCGAAGAUUUUCGAUGAGAGAGACAAAGAAGUUGUGGGCGUAGCUGGGCCUUACAUAGAAGACACGAGCCUAAAACUUACCUGUGUUGUAAGUGGAGGUAACCCUCUCCCACGCCUCCGAUGGUGGCGCGACGACAAAGUCAUAGCUACCCUCAUGCCAGUCGAUGACGGCUCUGGCCUCAACUCCUUGGAACUCCGGAUACCGAAGCUCACGAGGGAAUACUUCGAAGCAGUGUACACCUGCACAGCUGAUAAUACGCUGCUAGUCCAGCCGUUGAGGGUCAACGUCCAGAUUCAGCUGUACUGUAAGUAUUCUUUAUGA